ACCCGGACGGCGCGCGCGGGCGGCCGGGCAGGGAGGGCGGCCGGGCGGGCAGCGGCCCCGGCCCGCGUCUGCGCCCCUCGCGGCCCUCGCUCGCCCGCGACCCCGCGCCCAGCCAUGGUGGGCCGGCUGAGCCUGCAGGAUGUGCCCGAGCUCGUGGACGCCAAGAAGAAGGGCGACGGCGUCCUGGACAGCCCGGACUCGGGGCUGCCCCCCAGCCCCAGCCCCAGCCACUGGGGGCUCGCGGCGUCUGCGGGCGGCGGCGCGGGCGGCGGCGGCGGGGAGCGCGCGCCGGCUCCGGGGGCGCUGGAGCCCGACGCGGCGGCGACCCCCGCGGCCCCGACUCCAGCAUCCGUCCCCAGUGCCCUGGCUGCCGGCUGCUCGCCAAGACUGUGCCCACUGUCCUUUGGCGAAGGAGUGGAGUUUGACCCCUUACCCCCGAAGGAAGUGAGGUACACGUCCUCCGUCAAGUACGACUCGGAGCGGCACUUCAUCGACGACGUGCAGCUGCCCCUGGGGCUGGCGGUGGCCUCCUGCAGCCAGACGGUCACCUGCGUCCCCAACUGCACGUGGCGCAGCUACAAGGCGGAGGUGCGCUUCGAGCCCCGCCACAAGCCCGCGCGCUUCCUCAGCACCACCAUCGUCUACCCCAAGUACCCCAAGACCGUCUACACCACCACCCUGGAUUACAACUGCCGCAAGAAGCUGAGGCGGUUUCUGUCCAGCGUGGAGCUCGAGGCCAUGGAGUUCCUGGGCAGCGACUGCUUCUCGGAUGAAUGCUGACUCGCGGGCCGCGGACCGUGCGGUGCCUCCACGCGCAGCCUGCGGGAGAAGGGAAGAAACCGCUGCGGGCGCUCACGGCUGCCGCGCUCGGGCUGUGGCGCGGUUUCCCGAUGGCUUCUCGAAGCAGCGCCUUUCCUGGGUCAUCUCCCAGAUCUCAGUUUCAUAAGAAAAAUAACGGCGACUGAGGGAAAGGAAAAUGCCAGCAUUUGAGGCGGGAGGGGGAGGGGAGCGCCCCCUCCCCCGGGCUGAAGAGGGGCCUGGGAACAGGUUCGCAGACGUCUCUGCCCGUGAGCGUGCCAGCGCGGUGCCCACGCGCCUGUGCGGGUUCAGCUUGUGGGGCGGGCGGCUCGUUCCAUGCCAUUUUUUAAUUUCACUUCCAUUUGUAUUUCCUGCUAACCAAAACUUUGGGAAUUCUCUAAUUCUUUUUCAUGUUAUCAAAAAACCAAGACAAAACCCAAACCAUGAUAUAAGAUGCCUUAACAAGAAAAAGUUCAAAAAAAAAAAAAAAAAAAAAGAAAGAAAGAAAAGAAAAGAAAAAAGAAAGAAAGAAAGAAAGAAAAAUAAAAAGAAACAAACGCUCGCCCUGCUUGGGGCCAUCUGGGGAAAGUCAGGCCCGCGGGUGGCCGAGCGGGGAGCAGUGGCUUCCGCUCGGUUUCCUUCCGCCAGGUUGGUUCUGCCCGGCGUGAGCUGAGCCGCGGGCUCCUGCCACGCUCCUGGUAAGUGCUCUGCAGUUCCCAGACACCCCCCCCUUUUUUUUUCCCAUGAGGCAAAAUACAGCAGAGGUCUCAUCAUAGAGAAGACAGCAUUUUUAAAGAAUGCUCGGAAAAAACACUUUGCUGGGGCUCCACGAAGGGAACCGGGGCUGCGCCCAAGCCGGGCUGCCUCCCGGAGGCGGCGGCUGUCAGUGUCCGCCUCAGUGAGUGGCGGCUUGCUCUUCCGACGUCAGCGGUGUCACAGUUGCCGAGGAAUUCCGCCAACGCCAAUGUCAGUCCAGUCCCAGUGCAAAGGAACCGGCCCCUGCGCCCGGUAAAACUGAGGUGAACUCAGGGCAGGGUCGGAGUCGGCGUUCAACUCCCACACCUGCCCGCUUCUUCCUGGCCCUGGGUAGCGGAAGUGAUGGCGGUGGAGUCGGGUGUGCCCCAGGACGCCCCAGAGAAGCUGUGAAGUCAGCUCUGCCCGCUGCAGAGGCAGGGGUGCCCGGGCCGGGAGGUGGGGGGGGGCAGUGCCCCAUCUCCCCUGGCCCCUGCCUCGGCUUCUUCCAACGUCCUGGAGAUCCCUGCGUAUUUGAAUAGAGCAAGUAGCAGGUGGCUUUUCCUCCCCGCUGUCAGAAAGAACGGCUGUACGUGUUUCCUUGGAAUACGUCUCCGUGAUGUCGCAGGCUACACGGGGAGGGGGCUUGGGAAGCUGCGUGCCCCGCGGGCUCCCGGUUCCGAGGCUGCCCUGCGUUUUUCCUACAGCGGAACUGACUGCUCUCCCGGGUGGCCUGGAGCCACAGUGGCGCUUGGGUAACACUGACAGCAGGUUGGAUGGGAACUGCCCCGUUUGGAAGUCUUUGGCGGCCUGGAGCGAGCCUUGUCCUGGAGUCCUGGGCGGAUGGCGGUGUUGACUGCUGCGUCCCCUUGCACAGAGCCCACCGGGUGGCGAGUGCGCCAGGGCGAGGCUCAGCAGGGACCCCGAGGCGGGCACUGGGGACCCCUGGACCACCUCAGAGCAGCAAGUGCUCCCUGCAUUGGGAGGGCGAAUUACACAGCGCUGAUGGACAAGAAUGGGUUUUCCUAUCGAUUUCAUGAUGUGGUCAGUUAAGUAGGCAAGGCAACUUCCAGGUAGUGUCGGGAGGAUCCCGGAGGCCUCGCUCUGCCCCGGCGGAGCCCCUGGCAGCCUCGGGGCCGGUGCCCGGCACAGGAGAGUGGUGAGCUUGGCCUUGGGGUGAGAUGCUAGUUUUGGUGUUGGAGCGAUUGUGUCAAGUUCAGGUGAAUCAUUCCCUUAUUAUAAAGUGAGGGGCGGCGAGUGGCGAGUGGCAGCUGUGCGUGUCCGGAGCGCUCCUGUGAAGUCACGCGGGCGGGAGCCCACCUGGCUCCUUCUAAUCCUCUUUUCCCCCAAACCUGCUUUGCUGCAAGCUGCAGGGCAGGAAGUGCGUGCUGAGGCCCUGUGGCCACGCCGUGUGGGCCCUGUGGCUGCUGCUGCUGUGUGGGCCCUGUGGCCGCGCCGUGUGGGCCCUGUGGCCGCGCCGUGUGGGCCCUGUGGCAUCCGUUGAGAGUGGAUUCCUGUUUGUGUGCAAGGCGGAAGCAGUGAUGUUUUUUUUUUGAAACUUAACAAAAAACAAACAUUCCUAAGUGUA